AACGGACCUCAAAAAAAUGUAAAUAUAACCUCAAAAUUGCCGGGUUGAUAAAAUUAUUCUUUAAAAAUUGAAAAUCUUACUGAAAAAAUAUGCGUCCCGACUUCUUAAUGCAAUUAUUUAUUCUUAAUUUAGGAGUACAGUCGUUCGUAUUAUUUAUUUACCUAAGUUAUUACUUUCAAAUACUGUUAACCAAAUAUUUCAACAAGGUUGAGAAUGUUUACGAUUAUAUUAUUGUUGGUUCUGGAACUGCCGGCUCGGUAAUAGCACACAGAUUGGCAGCUGAAACAAACUUUACAUUUAUAGUGAUUGAAGCAGGAGGGAAAAGUAAUUCUCUGUUUGAAAUACCAGUGCUUACUCCGAUGCUGCACAAUUCUGUUUAUGACUGGCAAUAUGAAACAGUACCACAGGAAAAUGCAUGUUUAGCUAUGAAUAAUAAGAAAUGCAAAUUGCCUCAAGGCAAGAUUGUUGGAGGUUCAUCAAAAAUCAACAAUAUGGUGCAUGUCAGGGGCAAUAUUUCACAUUAUGCAGCCUGGUUCCAUGGAAAGUAUGAUGAAAAUUAUUUAAUUGAUCACUUUGAAACUGUAGAAAGGGACAUGUUACACUUAAAUGAAAUCAAUUUUGAAAGUGAAUUAGUAGAAGCCAUGUCAGAAGCUGCUGAACAGUUAGGUUACAGUAGGUUGAAUUCUGACUUCAAAAUUGGUUACAGCAAAAGUAAAUUGUCCCAGAAAAAUGGUAAAAGGUGGACAAUAUCAGACAGCUUAGAUUUAUCCAAGUAUGUGUUAAGUAAUGCCCUAGUUGAAAAAGUUGUAAUAAGGAAUGGUGUUGCAAAAGGUGUUUCAAUACAAAUUGUUGAUAAAAAACACAACGUCUUUGCUAAGAAAGGAGUUAUUUUGUCUGCAGGAACAUUCAACACACCCAAAAUUCUGCAGCUGUCUGGUAUUGGGCCUGCCAAUGUCCUUAAGUCUGUAAACAUUCCCAUUGUAAAAAAUCUUCCUGUAGGAUAUAAUUUGCAAGACCAUGUUACCACAGGUUUUGAUUUAAUUUUAAUAAAUAAGACUUUAUCUGUAAACCCCAUGAGUAUGCUAGACUUUAGAAAUGUUUAUGAAUAUUUUGUUAAUGGAAAAGGACCUUUAACAACCGCGGGUUGUGAACUUAUUACUUUUUUGUCAACAAAAGGUGAUAAAGUGCCAGACAUACAAUUCAUGGUAAUGCCAGUAGGUAUAUCAUCAGAUAGAGGGAGUCAUUUAAGAUUAGCUUUAGGUAUAAGUGACACAGUAUGGGAAAACUAUUUCGAGAACGUUUUUGAUAAACAUGCAGCAACAAUACUGCCUAUAGUUCUACAUCCAAAAAGCAGAGGUGAAGUGUAUAUUGUAAAUACAGAUCCGAAAUCACCUCCGUUGAUUGAUCCUAAAUAUUUAAACUGCAAUGAAGAUGUGAAAACUUUAAUUAAUGGUUUAAAAUUAGUUGAGAAGUUUUUAAACACUCCAGCUAUGAAGGAAAUGGGUGCCUAUAUCAAUCCUCAACAUUUUCCAAAUUGUGAAAGUCAUACUAUAUUCUCUGAUGCUUAUUGGGAUUGCUAUGUUAGACAUUUGACGUUAUCAAGCUAUCAUCCUGUUGGUACUUGUUCCAUGGGUUUGACUAGUUCAAAUAGUGUAGUAGAUACUAAUUUUAGAGUAUUCAGUGUUGCCAAUUUAUAUGUAGUUGAUGCGUCGGUAUUACCAACAUUACCUAGUGGUAAUAUAAAUGCAGCAGUUGCUAUGAUGGCUAGUGUAUUUUUUGAUGAAAAUGUUAAAUCAGUUAAAAUAACUAACACAAAUAUGUAUUGUUAUAAAUAUCAACUAAUUGCGGAUUUGUUUUAUAAAAUUUGCAGAUAAACUCUGUUGAAAAAAACUAUGAACAAAAUAAUACAUUGUUAAAUAAACCAUUUUGGUCUUUGAUUCUUAAUUUGUUUUCUAAUUCUAAGGUCCGUAUUACAGAAUGACAACUAAGUAUUGAUCAUUACUUGAGCACAGUUAGAAAGGGAUAUCGCUAUGUGUUAUAUAUAGCGACAUCCCUUUCUAACUAUGCCCAAAACUAGAUCAAUCACUGAGAAUCUUUCUAUAAUAUGGGCCUAAGUGAUGUAUGAUGUAGGCCAACAAAUAUCAACAAUAUUUUCAAAUUCUGUUAUUAAUUACUAUUUAUUUCUCUCUUAAUUGUCAUUUGACAAAUGGCGGACUUAAUGCCAUAAGGUAUUCUCUACCAGUCAACCAUCGGGCUAAGCAGAGAAAUUACGACGCUAAAGUAAAUAAACAAAUGAAGGAGAAAAAAAAGCAAAUUCAUACAAAUACAAUUAUAAUACAAUAUCUAAAUAAUAUACAUUCAAACGUAAAUAUACAUACCUACAUGAUUAGAAUAAUACACAUAUAAACUAAACACAAAUAAAUACAAAAAUAUAAACAAUAAACAUUCAAAAUUUAUUUAUUUAUGGCAGAUUGACUAAAAGUUUGAAAUGCUGUUAUUAUGACUUCUUAGCAUAAUGCUUAGCAGGUGAGCUUCUUACAAUUUUCGGAAGAUCAUUUCAGAGACAGAACAGCUUGGAGACAGAAAGAGUUGGAUAUGAAGUGAAGAUUUUGAGAUGAGCGUAAAGGACAAGAGUGAGUGGAACUUAAAAAAGUGAAUUUGGAUUUGAGAUAAGACGGUCUGAAGUGGUUGAGUGUCUUUGAAUUAUUAUUCUUAGAAAGAGGUAUAAAAUAAACCAAUUUCAAUGGAAAAAUUUACAAGAUGGGUAAGUACUGGAUAAUGCAGUACUGAAUAGAGAGAAUCAUCGUGCGACCAAUUACUACAUAGAUGAGAGUUAUAUUUAUAUUGUAAUCUUUUGUAUUUCUGAAACACAAUAACCCGUUUUUGCUAUUUUAUUGUUUGUUACACUCUGUAUAAUAUGUUUUCUCUUCCAGCAAUUUAUUUCUAAAUAUUAUGGUGAUACUUUUCAACAGAGGCGGCUUUACCUAUAGUGCAGGGUGUGCGGUGCACACGGGUGCCGGGUCUAAGGGGGCGCCCGGCGCCAAGAUUUAUUGUUUCUGCGUCAACAACACGGUGGCAAAUACUUGCUAAAGAAUGCCAACUUUAAGUUUAAAACCAAUCUCAAAUACUCGAUGGGAGAGCAGGGUUGAAGCAGUAAAAGCUCUACGUUUUGAACUGGGAAAGGGUAAUAUGCCUUGUGUACCAUAUAUUCCGAUAGAAGCAAAGAUGCGGAGUCAAGAAAUAUUGCAAAUUCAUUACUGGGAAAAAUGAAGUCGCUUAAAUUCAUCUGCUCUCUGCUUAUUUGGUUUGAAAUUUUAAGCAAGGUAAAUAUAGUUAGCAAGACUCUUCAAAAGUCAGACGUUGUAAUGUCAGAAGUGGUGAAAAUUAUUGAUAAUGCAAAAAUAAGUUUGUCUGAAUUCCGUAAUGACUCCGCUUUUGAAAAGCUCCUUAACAGCACGAAAACUGUAGCGGAAGAAGACGAGGCAAUAGCAGAAUUUCCCACACCUGCACGCCCUCGCGCUCGUAAAAGAGUUUUUCAUUAUGAGGCGGAGGAUGAAAUUAUCACAGACGCGAAUACACAUUUUAAAGUCAAUUUUUACUUCUAUUUAUCAGACACCGCAAUUACUAAGUUCGACGAAUGGUUCGAACUUCUCAAUCAAAAUAGUGUAGGUUUUUUCAUUUCUUCAAAAAUUGACAGACUGGAAGGAUUUGGACACGGAUACAUAAAAAGCACAUUGAUCUAAUUUAGAAAAUAAACUUUGCCAAGCUGUCUCUUCAGAUGUGGAAAAGUUCGAGCUCUUUAAUGAAAUCGAAUUAUUACCGAUGUUUAUUGAUGAUUCCACUACGCCGUUGGAUAUUUUAAAUUACUUGUUUAAGGAUAAAUUGAUUUCAGUAUUCCCAAAUCUGUUCACAGCACUGAGAAAUCCUCACACUUUCAGUCACGGUAGCACACAGCGAAAGGUCAUUUUCUAAACUAAAAAUAAUUAAACACUAUCUAAGAUCAACGACAAUAUUGACAAAAUCGUUAAUAAGUAUUGAACAUGAAAUCAAAAUUGAAGUCAGUGGCAUUGUUAAAGAUUUAGCUAAUGCAAAAGCCCGAAAAGUAUUUGUUUGUAAAAACAUUUGUUUGUGUGUAUAUUUGUGUGUACUAGCGUCCUGUAAGAUAUUUUAUUUUUAAAUUAAGAACUACAAAGUUGUAAUUUUUUAUUGUUGUAACUUGCACUCGAAUUUUUUAUGAAAAUAUAAAUGUAAGUAUUCCAUUUUGACCCCGCUCCUACUAGGGGGCGCCAGGGUACUGGUGGCACACUGGCGGCUGGCGCCACAGGAGCUAGAGCCGCCUCUGCU